CGCGGCAAGCCUGGCCGAGGCGCGAGGCCCUCCUCCCGUCUCUCCGCCUACUCCAGCCUCCGCCGCUUCAGCUUCCCGAGCGAGCCCUGCGGCCGCCGGAGCAUCUCCCGCGGCGGAGCAGGAGCCGGAUGGUCAGAGGAGCCCGGCAGUCCCAGCAGCCGCGGAGUCGCCUGGCCCCCAGACUGUCUGGCACAGUGGAGAAACCACCUCGAAAACGGAAAAGCAGGACUGAAUUUACUCUUAAAGAAACCAUGUCCUCUGGAGGUGCUGAAGAUGACAUCCCACAGGGAGAGAGGAAGACAGUUACAGAUUUCUGUUAUCUUUUGGAUAAAUCCAAGCAACUGUUCAAUGGCUUAAGAGAUUUGCCUCAGUAUGGACAGAAGCAGUGGCAGUCCUACUUCGGAAGAACUUUUGAUGUUUACACCAAACUUUGGAAAUUCCAGCAGCAGCAUCGACAAGUCUUGGAUAAUCGGUAUGGCUUGAAGCGGUGGCAAAUAGGAGAGAUUGCUUCCAAGAUCGGGCAGCUGUAUUACCACUAUUAUUUACGAACUUCUGAGACCAGCUAUCUGAAUGAGGCUUUCUCCUUCUACUCUGCAAUCAGACAGAGAUCAUACUAUUCUCAAGUCAAUAAAGAGGACAGGCCUGAGUUGGUUGUUAAGAAACUCCGAUACUAUGCAAGAUUUAUAGUAGUUUGCCUUCUUCUUAACAAAAUGGACGUUGUGAAAGACCUGGUAAAGGAAUUGUCUGAUGAAAUUGAAGAUUAUACUCAUCGCUUUAAUACAGAAGAUCAAGUGGAGUGGAACUUGGUGCUUCAAGAGGUAGCAGCAUUCAUUGAGGCAGACCCUGUGAUGGUGUUAAAUGAUGAUAACACCAUUGUUAUCACAUCCAAUCGCCUCGCUGAGACAGGAGCCCCCUUGCUGGAGCAAGGCAUGAUUGUGGGACAGUUGUCUCUAGCUGAUGCACUCAUUAUUGGUAAUUGUAAUAAUCAGGUCAAAUUCAGUGAAUUAACUGUUGACAUGUUCCGGAUGUUGCAAGCCUUGGAGAGGGAGCCAAUGAAUUUAGCUUCCCAGAUGAAUAAGCCAGGAAUACAGGAGCCAGCUGAUAAGCCCACCAGACGAGAAAACCCCCACAAGUAUCUACUCUACAAACCAACCUUCAGCCAACUGUAUACAUUCUUAGCAGCAUCUUUUAAGGAGCUGCCUGCCAAUAGUGUGCUUCUGAUUUACCUGUCAGCCACUGGCGUUUUCCCCACAGGUCGUUCUGAUGGUGAAGGUCCUUAUGACUUUGGAGGUGUACUUACUAAUAGUAACCGAGACAUUAUCAAUGGAGAUGCUAUCCACAAACGAAAUCAGUCUCACAAGGAAAUGCACUGCCUUCAUCCUGGAGAUCUCUAUCCGUUCACAAGGAAACCCCUGUUCAUCAUUGUGGACUCCUCCAAUAGUGUUGCCUACAAGAAUUUUACAAAUUUGUUUGGACAGCCACUCGUCUGCCUUCUUUCUCCCACGGCAUAUCCAAAAGCUUUGCAAGAUCAGUCUCAGCGAGGUAGCCUCUUCACGCUCUUUUUGAACAAUCCUCUAAUGGCCUUCCUAUUUGUCUCUGGAUUGUCAAGCAUGCGUAGAGGCCUGUGGGAAAAGUGUCAAGAAUAUCUUCGAAAAAUCAACCGUGAUAUUGCCCAGCUACUGACCCAUUCACGUUCAAUAGAUCAGGCCUUCCUCCAGUUUUUUGGAGAUGAAUUUCUUCGAUUGCUUCUCACAAGGUUUGUCUUCUGUUCAGCCACCAUGAGGAUGCACAAGGCCUUUCGGGAAACUCGAAAUUACCCAGAAUCCUAUCCACAACUGCCAAGGGAUGAAACUGUGGAGAACCCUCACCUUCAGAAGCACAUUUUGGAAUUGGCCUCCAUUCUGGAUGUUCGAAACAUCUUUUUUGAGAAUUCUAUGGAUGACUAUUAAAACCCUCUUGUUUAACAGCUUUUCAUUUUCCACAGAUUUUAAAUGGUGCAGUUUUUUAAUGUAAUGACAGUGUGUUACUUGGUUUUUAUUUUUGGAUUUAGGAACCACCAUUUUAAAAGCAAACUGAAAAGUUCAAACUUUUAGGGUAAAUUUUAAAAUAUAAUCUUUCAAGUCUUUUAAAGUCUCAAUCUUGAAAUUUUUAUUUUUUUUGGUUUUGGCACUAGAUACUUACCUCCAGCAUCCACCCCCACACUCAAAUAGUUACUAUUGCCACCUUAAGAAGAAUAUAUUGUUUAUUUUUACAUAAUGAGGACAAUCCAUAAGUUAAACUUGGACCUUUAAGUGUCUGGAUUUGGGAAAUACCUAAUUGUUUGUAGUGGUGAAACUGACCACGUGAACAUUUGAAAAACAAGAGCAGAACCCUUCUGUGGAGUUUCUUUUCACUCCACACUAAUAGGUAGGAAAAUAAGUUACUCUCUGAUGUGCUUAGAUGUCUUGAGAUCUCUGAAUUUCAUUAAAUGAUGUUAAAUUUUUAGAACCUGUUUAGAAUUAGUUUGCAUCUGGAAAUUAAAUUUUAAAUUGGAACUUUAAGAUGACAUAUUAUUUAGAAUGUUAAUACUAUUAUUAUAAGAUUUGUUUGCAUAUUUUAUUUUCUUUGUGGUCUUUGAAUGCUAAAAAUGCAAAGGAAAAUACUUUUAAAUAUUUCAGCCAAAAAUCAAGUCAUAGGUUUAAUAAUCCUGUGAUGUCUCCAGUAGGAUUUCUACGUAGACUCUUCUUUGAUUGGUUUUAAACAGUGUUGUGAUCGAUUCCUUGGUAUAUUCACUGCACAGUUUCUAAUCUUUUUUCAUAUUCAAGUUUCCAAGGCAUUGAUGCUAGAGAGACUGCCAAUGUGAGUUGAGGAUAACUGGGUGUUAAGAAUGUAAAUUGUGAGUUAAUUUUGCUUUAACAGUUUGGAAGUAAGAUAUUAAAACUCCCUGUGCUUUGUUAUUUUAUAUUCAUGCACAAGUUGUUUUAUUAUUUUAAAUAGGACUCAGUAUAUAAUAUAAAGAUUUUUGUAUGUUCUUCCCUUCCAUCUCCUUGAUAAUCUCAUAGGUAUAGCUAUGAAGGUUCUUCCUUCCUGGCCUCUUUGGGUUGCAUGGCAUGUAAAUUCAGAAAUCUGUGAAUUGUAAGGUCUUCUACCUAUGUUCAUGGUCUACCCCUGAUAGUUCCUGGAGAAAUGAGGUAGUUGUUUUCAGUAUCUCUUUCCUGUGUCCCUAAAAAAGUUUUUGAUGUGGUAUUUUAACCCAGUUACUCUCACUAGAGCAUCAUGUGGAUGUAAGUUGGGGCCACAUCUGCUCCAGUGCACUUACUUUGUGAAGUCCAGGUUAUGAUUGGGUCAGGGACUUAGGAAGUUUCAUUUGCUUUUAAAAUUGUUUGUAUGUUCUUUUAGACAUUAUUUUUUAAAGCUUAGAAAAAGGUUAAUCUGGAAAGAGCCCUUCCAGGCAGAGGUUUUUCUUUUUUAAAAGGCCUACGUUCAUUUGUUUGCAAAUCAUGAUUUUCCUUUUUUUACUGUCCUCCUGGAGUGUAGCAAUAAAUGGUCAUUAGCUGUCUGGCCCCUGUUCCAGUUCCCUUAAGUGCUGACCAGCAACACACACUUUCCUGUUCCCUGACAUCUAAAGUGGCCCUGACCUGUUUUAUUCUUUCUUGCUAAGCAUAAGGACCACUGGUUUCAGAAGCAAGAGGUCUGAGUUCUAAUCCCGGCUUUUCUAGUAACUAGCAUGAUGUCCUUUGACAGACAAAUAGCUUUAUGGGUCUGUUUUUUAGCACUCUUCCAUAUAAAAUAGAGUGGCUCACUUAAGAUCCUAUUCCUGUUGAUUGUACAGUUUGGAGCAUUGGUUCCAAACAUGUUGAUUUCCUCCCCAUUGCUUCCAGAACAGUUGAUUUGUGUGGUUUUUGCACUCUAACAUCCUUUCUAUAUUGUGUUUAUUACUAAGAUGGUUCAAUACAAACCAAAAACCCCUAGAUUAUACUUGGCUGUUUUGAGACUUGCUUAAAGUGACUUUCCUGAAGAAAUUAGACCUUCUAUGGUCAGAAAAUGUGUAUGUUAGAGAUGACAGUGUAAAACUAGAUUAUAACAUGGGUUCUUAAACUAAAAGUAAUGCAGUUCCUAACUAGUGGAUAUAAAAUGGACCAAAACUAAGGCUGUAACUUCUUGGUAGAGCAUUUAGCUAGUAUUCAGAAAUCCUGUGUUUGGUCUCCAUCACUAGGGAAAAAAAAUUUUCUAAAGAAAGAAAACAAUAGAGCCAAUUUUGAGCCGGGUAUGGUAAUGUAUGCCUUUAAUCCCAGUGCAUGGGAGAAUAAGGCAGGAAGGUUGCAAGGUCAGAGCUAACCUAGAUUAUAUAGCAAAAGUCCACCUCAAAAAUAAUUGCUAAGAGAUCUGAAAUCUUUUGAGAAGAAAACCAGAAUAGGAAAUUUGAAACUUUAAAAAAAAAAAUCUAUGCCUUUAAAAAUAAAAACAAACAUGUAUCACACAUCCCACAUAUUUUUUCUUUAAUGGCACGUGAAAUGUAAGCAGAGGAAACUUAAAAAUCCUUACCUUGAUGAUUAAGAUUGUGGCUUAGUAUUAGAACCUUGCCUAGCAUGCAUUAUAUCCCUGGUUUCCAUUCCUGGUACUUAGAGGUCUAUCAGGAGCAUCAGGAGUUCAAGGCCAUGCUUAGCUGUAGAGAGUAAGCUCUAGACCAGCCUGCACUACAGUGUAAGACCCCUUCGCAAAAGUAGAUUUGCCUAUUUUAAGCCACAUUUAAUCUUAGAAUUUUUAAAAACUUAAAACUAAAAAGAGCAAAGCCAAGGGAGCCACAUUUUUGUACUCAAAUUGCACAAAUUUCUCUGUAGUUCUGAUAAAGUUUCUGGUGUCUUAAGAAUCAACUAUAAACAAACUAGGAAGAAUCAGACUUUAAGAGACUGGUCAUGCACAAAGCAAAGUGAAGCACAAGGAGAUUUUCUUUCUGUAUCCAUGUAUUUCUGAUACUAAACCUUUCCUGUCUUAUAGAAAGAAAGCUGAGAUGUCAGAAGCUACUGGUUAUUUGCUGAUAAACAUACAUACACGAGCUCAUCUCAGCCCAGUUGCUCAGGCUUCUUUCUGUAAUAAACAGGAGGGAGAAUUUUAGAGCUGUAAAAUCUUAACAUAAAAAUUAAGAUUUUGUUCUCACUGUUUUGGAUAUUCAAACCAGUCAAGAUAAGGCUCAGUCAUAGAGUGCUUGCCUAGCAUCUGCAAGGCUCUGUGUUCAAAUCCCAGUACAAUGAAUAUUCACACCAGUGAAUUACCGACCACUAGCAUUUUUUUAUUAAUUAUAAAAUCAGAUUUUUUUCUUUGAUUUUAGGCAGUAUAUAUUCUUUGUAUGUAUGUGUUUCCCUCCUAGGAAGUGGUGCUCUCAAAAACUUUCAAAGCACAGAAUUUAUUGUGCCCUUUAUACUUUUUAACAAAGUUAAAAUGUUUCACAGUUUGUGAAUUGAAGUGUAAUUUGUUCUUAUUUGAGGCUUUCCUGACUCGAGGUCUGGGUUUGGGGUUUGAUUUUGUUUUUUCUCCUCCAUCAUGUAAUAGAAUUCCCUCAAAUAGGUAAUGAUACUGAAUUUCAUUAAUGUCAAGGAAGAAGUCCAGCUCAGACUUCUGAAUCAGACACAGAUCCUUCUAAAGCAUUCUUCUACAAGUUCAAUCUCUGGCUGUGUCUGGCAGAGGGUUGAGGGGGGUUGUUCAACCUAGUUGAAAAAUCUCAGCUAUCUGUGGAGACUUAUAAUCACCUUAGUAACUAGAGAAUGUUCUGGACUGGCGAUACAUUAAGGUGCCAGUGUCUGCAUACUUGGCCACUGCCAGAAUCAUCGUCCACUCUCUGUGAGUGGAAGACUUACUAUGAUAUGAAUUUGAAUGCCUUGAGUCUCCUGGAGACUUGGGAGUGUUUUCUGUUCUCAUGUUUAUUUAGAGAAUUUAAAGAGUGUUUAGGUUGAAGGCUCUUUUUAGAACUUAUUUAUUUGAAAUUCUUAUUUUUAAUGGCAUGUGUAUAUUUUUGUGAUGCUAUAUGAAAUCUCUGUAAACUUUUUGUAUAUAUGUGUACAUACUUUUAAAUAUCUUGGUAUGCAGUGAUGCAGUGUGUGCAUAUUAUAUACCCAUACCCAUUGUGGGCUGAUUUAUUUUAGUUCUGUGAGGACAUCAGAGUGGCAUUGUUCAUGCUACUAUAAUUAGGUUGUGGCUGGAUAUCCUUCACAAGCUUCAAUUUUAAGGGGCUUGUGCUGAGAUAAAAUGGGCUCCUUUGGAGUUGAAAUUAAGAUAUGAAGAUACUAAGAGUAAGCUGCAUAUUCUCAGCUUUAAAGUCAUCCACAAACUUCCAUUUAAAUUGAUAUAUUUGCUAGAAACCUGAAAAACUAUGUUUGUGAAACUGAGACACCAGCAGUGUCUUAGUCUAUUAGUUCUUUAUUUUUCUUAGCCCAUAUUAGAAUGUUAGUGCUGAUUAGUACUUUGAGGGCUAUUGAAAAAAAUUACUUUGCUCUCACUAGAAAAUAGGAAAUGUCUUUUAAGUUGAGGAAAUAGCCAUGUUUAUCAUUGUAAUUAUCUGAUGCUAAAUUUUAAUUUCUGAGGUUUUUUCCAUCAGUAUGCUCAUUAUAUAAGUGUCUCUGUGAGGCAGAAGAAGGGACAUUAGCAAAAAAGGCUGAACCUCAGUGGGCUGGAUAGAGGGGACUGGGUUGUUGAUGUGUAUGUCUACAGCAGCUAUUUGGCUAAGUAAACUUUUCUUGCUGGCAUUGCAUAUCAAAGAUAAAUCUAUUCAUCAGAGAAAAUGCUUUCAGCACAUUUAGAGCCUUUUAUUCCUGAGUUCUCUGGGAAUACUUUUUGUUAUUAUUAUUAUUGGAUAUUUUCUUUAUUUACAUUUCAAAUGUUACCCACUUUCCCAGUUUCCCUCCCUCCCAGAAACACCCUAUCACAUCCUCCCUCCCCCUGCUUCUAUGAGGGUGUUCCUCCACCCACCCACCCACUUCCACCUCCCCACCCUCGAUUCUGAGAAUCUUUUACUGUACAAUUUAACCAUACAUUCACACACAAGGUAGAUUUCUUAAUAUGAAGUGCCUAAGAGGCUAUAAAAUUGUAGGCUUCUAGCUGAGCACAAUGUGUGAGGCAGGGAGGGUAUCUGUAAUUCCAGUUCUUAGGAGAGGGAGGUACAUGUUUGAGGCCAGCUUCUGGUGCAUAGUAAGUUUAGGAUUAGCAUGGGCCACAGGAAUCCCUGGCUCAAAAAUCAUAACAGACUUGGGAUGAUGGUGUUGGAGAGAGUAAAUUACAGAAAAUAUGUACAGUGCCAAAUUGAGAAUCCUGGGGUUUUGCAGCAUAGCAAUAUUUUUAGUUCAUGUAUUUGUUUGCAUGAAUGAAUACAAGGGAUGUUUAGACACACUUCGAUACAUUUACCGAAAAGAACAAAGUUAUUUCUGCAUUGUAAAAUAUAACUCCAGCGCAAUUUUCUACUGUAUUCUUCCAAAAACCAAGUCUCUCUUAUUACUUGUUUCAAAGAGAAAAAUCAAUUUGAGUCCAUUUUACCACUUCUAAAAUUAUUGCAUUUGCUCCUGCCCCAUUGUUAAUAAAGCAUCCAGCUAUUUAUAACACUUUUCAAUUAUACUCUUAAAGUUAUCUUUUUCCUGAAA